GACAGAACUAUGUAUUUUUGUCGAACACCAGAGAGACUUCACUGGCUCAGGAGCUGCUAUCCUUCCAUAAUGUGGCUUUACUCAGUGCUAACAGCGUCUCUUGUUGCUUCCAUAGUCUGUGUGGAACACCUACCUUCACCACCUGUGGUUGAUACAGUACAUGGCAAAGUCCUGGGAAAAUAUGUCAGCCUGGAAGGAUUUGAACAGCCUGUGGCCAUCUUCCUGGGAGUCCCUUUUGCCAAGCCCCCCCUGGGAUCACUGAGGUUUGCACCUCCUCAGACUGUGGAACCAUGGGAUGAUGUGAAGAACACUACCUCUUACCCUCCUAUGUGCUCUCAAGAUAUAGCAGCAGGAAAGAAACUGUCAGAGAUAACUACAAACAGGAAGGAGAAAAUUCCUCUUACGUUUUCUGAAGAUUGUUUGUAUCUAAACAUUUAUACUCCUGCCGACUUGACGAAGAACAGCAGCUUGCCGGUGAUGGUGUGGAUCCAUGGAGGUGGUCUGUGGAUUGGCGGGGCAUCCACCUAUGAUGGACUGGUCCUUUCUUCCCAUGAGAAGGUGGUGGUAGUGAUCAUUCAGUAUCGCUUGGGCAUGUGGGGAUUCUUGAGCACAGGGGAUGAACACAGCCGAGGGAACUGGGGUUUUUUGGACCAGGUGGCUGCACUGCACUGGGUCCAGGACAACAUUGCCAACUUUGGAGGAAACCCAGGUUCUGUGACCAUCUUUGGAGGAUCAUCAGGAAGUUCAAGUGUUUCUCUUCUUGUGUUAUCUCCCUUGGCUAAGAACCUCUUCCACAGGGCCAUUUCUGAGAGUGGUGUGGCCCUCAGUUUCCAUGUAGUUAGGAACAAUAUCAAGGCCAAAGCUGAGAAAAUUGCAGCUGCAGCUGGGUGUGAAUCCAACAGAUCUGAUGUCAUUAUUCAUUGUCUGCGCCAGAAGACAGAGGAUGAGCUCUUAGAGAUAAGCCAGAAAAUACACUAUUCACCUAUGACCAUUGUGGUUGAUGGAGUGCUGCUGCCCAAGGCACCAAAAGACAUUCUGGCUGAAAAGAAUUUCAGUACUGUGCCCUACAUUGUGGGAAUUAACAAGCAAGACUUUGGCUGGAUCCUUCCAAAGAACAUCUCAGAGGAUACCAUGAUGGUGAUGUUUGAGAUGUACUUAGGAGGGACAAGUGACUUUGCCAAAGAGCAUGAACACUUAAUGGAGUUGGUUGCAGAUCGGAUUUUUGGUGUUCCAUCUGUGAUUACUGCCCGUGGACACAGAGAUGCUGGAGCCCCCACCUACAUGUAUGAGUUCCAAUAUCGCCCAAGCUUCUCAUCACCCUUAAAAGAUACCAGUGUUGUAGGAGACCAUGGCGAUGAGAUUUUCUCAGUACUUGGUGCACCAUUUUUGAAAGAGGGUGCAUCAGAAGAAGAGAUCAAUCUCAGCAAGAUGGUGAUGAAAUUCUGGGCCAACUUUGCUCGGAAUGGGAAUCCCAAUGGGGAAGGACUUCCCCACUGGCCAAAAUAUGAUCAAGAUGAAGGGUAUCUGCAGAUUGGAGCUACUACCAAGGCUGCCCAGGGGCUGAAAACCAAGGAAGUGGCUUUAUGGACUAAGCUCUAUGCUCAGAAGGCAGCAGAGAAGCCAUCUCAGACAACAAGCACAAAAUAGUGAAUGAGAACAUCAGCCAGGCUUGGAAGCCUGGAGAAGCCAACAUAGACAUAUUCUACAACAGGGCUUUCUUCUGCCACAGAGGCAUCUUUUUGUGGAGGACAGAGAAUUUUGUGGUGGGAGUGUGCAAGGGUGAAGGAGGGGAAUGUAUAUCUUGGUCAGGAGAAUAAAUGUUUGUUUGGAAACCA